GCGGCGGCAAGCGGCAGGCAGCCGCGGCGAGGAUGAUGGUGCUUUGUUUUCUGAGCAGAACACUGCAACUAGCAAGACAUUCAUCCAGUCCACUGGGGAGACAACUCUGUUCGGCCAGCGCAAAUAAGCCAGUGUUGACUUUAUUCACCAAGAAACCAUGUCCUCUAUGUGAUGAAGCAAAAGAAGUGCUUGAGCCGUAUAAGAGAAGGUUUAUUUUACAGGAGGUGGAUAUUACCCUUCCAGAGAACUCAGUGUGGUACGAUAAAUACAAAUAUGACAUACCUGUUUUUCAUUUAAAUGGGAAGUUCCUAAUGAAGCAUCAAGUAGACAUUCAAAAGUUUGAGGACCAGCUUAUGAAGCUGGAGUUGCAAAAUGAUGGAAACCAGUGAAGAAAAUGCAGCUGCUCUGAUGUCGAUCUGAAAGGACUGUGCAACAUAAAUUGUGUGAAAAAGCAGUAUUCAUUAUCUGGCCUUACGUUUCUUAGAACGUAUGGUACCAGUAUCCUAAAAAUCUUGAGUGACUUGUAUUCUGUUUUGUAUUAAUCAUCCAGCCCAUCUGCACCAGUAGCAACCUUUUCUGUACCAUUCAUUUGCUGCUAUCCUAGGCUGGCUUUUCAUUGACAGAAGAAAUGCUGCUCCAUAACAGCAGAUAAAGUGGAAUGUGUUUGUAUUGGGUUUGCGUGGCAAGGUUUUGGCAGUG